GGGGGGGGGGUCCAAAUCUGACUCCUACAUUCACACGUACAGUAUCUCUCCUCUCCUGGUGAAUCAAGCUAGCUGUCAUACAUUUAGCAUUCAUUACACGUUGGUCAUUUUAGCAGACGCUCUUAUCCGGAGCGACUCACAGUCGGUGCAUUUUAAAACAACCACAUCACAGUCAUUGUAAAUCAGCACUUACUUCCUGUGUCCUUUUUUUGUUGUUCCAGGUGUGACAUCCAUUGGCAGCCUCAUCUUGGAUCUAACAUGGCCUUCAGCAAAGGAUAUCGCAUCUACCACAAGUUGGACCCGCCCCCGUACAGCGUCAUCGUGGAAACCAGGAACAGAGAUGAAUGCCUCAUGUUCGAGUCAGGCGCCGUCGCCGUCUUAUGUAAGACACACACUGAUUGGUUCAUGGAUUAUCACAGAUGCUUUCGUUUAAAAAAAUUAAAAAAGAAGAGAAAAAAUAAAAAAGGGAAAUGUAAUAAAAUGCUUAAAUUACAAGCCCAUCCACACCUUAAACCAUGCUGUGUUUAGAUAGAUUGACAUACUGAUUAUACGGGAGAAUGUCAUCAACAUGCAGAUCAUAAGAUAUACAAGAGAUCCCCUAUCCCUCCCCUC